UAGUGUGAGUAUUAAGUCUAGAGUGAACUUUGCUGAGGCACUUUGGAGCAAAAUGCAUCCAGUCCACUGGUUCCUUGCAGUUUUCCUGGCAGUUGGUGCCUCUGAGCUUUGUUGUGCUGGACCACUCCAUGCCCAGUGCAAAGUAGAAUGGUACUUUGGGAUCCCAUGUCAAAGUGUUUAUGAAACCCUAGUCUCACAGAUUAAGAAGUGGAGAACCAUGGCUGGCUGCUCCAUGGGAGGACAGAGGUGCCUGUACAAGCUCCAGUCUGCCUCUGUCCACUUUAUAUCAGCCAAGCACAUCACUCCCUUUAAGAGGUAUGUGGACGACAUCAACUUUCGGCUGGUCUCCUAUCAUUUCUUCACUUGCUGUCACGUUUCGGCCAUGUCCAUCUCAGAAGCCUGGCAUGCCAUUAAAGACCAUGGCACCAACUACUGCAACCUCUACAACCUCAUGGAAGGAAGUGGUCUAACUGAAGCCAGAGGUUACAAAGAGGUUACCAGUGAUUUCCAGUGUACCCAACGCUCCUCUGCUAACUGCACUGUCUACUGACUAUGACCAGAGACCAUCCCAAUAUAUGAAGAUUAAUCACUGGACAAUUUUGAAAAGGUUUUUUUUUUUUUUUUUUUUUUUAAAUGGCUGGAAAAUCAAGUAUUAAAAUAACAUGAUGUUACCUGCUUACUGCUGUCAUAUUUUGGGGGUUCGUUUUCUUUGUGCAAUGAAUGCAUAAUGAAUAAAUUGAAAAAAUAUCAAAUUUAGUCUGAACAUUGUAUUAAUGUAUUCUCACAUUUUGCAUAUCAUGUAAAAACAUUCAUACCAUAUCCUGUGAAAGGUGAUGUCUUUGUCCUUACAACAAAUUUCCAACUUCAUUGAAUACCAACAAAAUUUCUAAAUCAACUAUUUGCAAUUUUUGGUCGUAUUUUUUUUUUUUUUUU